AGAAGCGAGCACUCAGAGACUGAAGGGGCAGGCGAGAGGGAGGGAGGCACUCAGAGCAGAGAGACAAGGAGGGAGCUCAGGGCUUGGAGCUGGGUACAGCCGCGAACACCCUGUCCCAAUCCUCCUUCAUCCUUCCCAUCCCAGCCACCUUCCUUCCUGACAGCCACCGGAGCAGCAGCCGGACACAGACCCCUUCCAGACAGGACAGAGCCACAUUACUUGAACAGGGGAAAGCUCGAGGUGGUGGCCAUCCAGGGUGACAUUGCCGGGGAGCCUCCAGAACUCCAUUUGGCGAAGGCCUGCGCAAAGAGAUGGGUCCUGCAGUGCACCCUAAAGGUGUGCGACUGAACCAUGGAGCUCCGAGUGGGGAACAAGUAUCGGCUGGGCCGAAAGAUUGGCAGUGGUUCCUUUGGAGACAUUUAUCUGGGUGCCAAUAUUGCCACUGGGGAAGAAGUUGCCAUCAAAUUGGAAUGUGUCAAAACCAAGCACCCCCAGCUCCACAUCGAGAGCAAGUUCUACAAGAUGAUGCAGGGAGGAGUUGGUAUUCCCUCCAUUAAGUGGUGUGGGGCAGAGGGUGACUAUAAUGUGAUGGUGAUGGAGCUCCUGGGACCCAGCCUGGAAGAUCUCUUCAAUUUUUGCUCCCGCAAGUUCAGUCUCAAGACUGUUCUGCUCCUGGCAGACCAGAUGAUCAGCCGUAUAGAGUACAUUCAUUCCAAGAACUUCAUCCACCGGGAUGUGAAGCCAGACAAUUUCCUCAUGGGGCUUGGCAAGAAGGGCAAUCUGGUGUACAUCAUCGACUUUGGCCUGGCCAAGAAGUACCGAGACGCCCGGACCCAUCAGCACAUCCCAUACCGGGAAAACAAGAACCUGACUGGCACAGCCCGCUAUGCCUCCAUCAACACCCACUUGGGAAUUGAACAAAGUCGCCGUGAUGACCUGGAGAGCUUGGGCUACGUGCUCAUGUACUUCAACCUGGGUUCGCUGCCCUGGCAGGGCCUCAAGGCUGCCACCAAGCGCCAAAAGUAUGAGCGUAUCAGUGAGAAGAAGAUGUCAACCCCCAUUGAGGUGCUCUGCAAAGGGUACCCUUCUGAGUUUUCCACAUACCUCAAUUUCUGCCGCUCACUGCGGUUUGAUGACAAACCCGACUACUCGUACCUGCGGCAGCUCUUCCGUAACCUCUUCCACCGCCAGGGCUUCUCCUACGACUAUGUCUUCGACUGGAACAUGCUCAAAUUUGGAGCAGCCCGAAACCCUGAGGACAUGGAUCGGGAGCGGCGAGAGCACGAGCGAGAAGAGAGGAUGGGGCAACUCCGGGGUUCUGCCACACGAGCGCUGCCACCCGGCCCCCCUGCUGGAGCCACAGCCAACCGCCUUCGCAACGUUGCAGAGCCCAUGGCCUCCACGCCCGCUUCCCGAAUCCAGCAGUCCGGAAACACGUCCCCCAGGGCAAUCUCACGAGUGGACAGGGAGCGGAAGGUCAGCAUGAGGUUACACAGGGGAGCUCCUGCCAACGUCUCUUCCUCCGACCUCACAGGGCGGCAAGAGGUGUCACGGAUUUCAGCGUCACAGACGAGCGUGCCAUUUGAUCACCUUGGGAAGUGAGGAGAAGAUGCCCCCGGACCAGUGUUUGCUUAGUGUCUUCACUGUAUUUUUCUUUUAAAAAAACAAAAACAAAAAAACCCCAAAAACAACAACAAAAAAAACUUAAAAAUCCCCACAAAACAGUUUUUGUUUGUUUGUUUUUUGCCAACACUGAGGAGAUGAGCUGCCCCCCCACCCCCGUGCUGGCAUGAAACAUUUCUGAGCUCGCCGCCUGUGUUCCCCAACAUGAGCGCCUCCGAGAAGCCGACGACACGGGAGCCCUGCAGAAAUGCCUCUGCUGCCUUUGUGCAGCUUUCCCCCACAGCCCCACCUCAGCGCACCAUCUUCCCAGCUGACUGCACCCUGCCCUCCCUUGACUCUGCUCUUUUGUUUUGUUUUUAAAACAACUUCCUGUCUUUUUUUUAAUUUUGGUUGAUUUUAAGAUCAAGUGGUUUCUAAUGCAAUUUUUUUAAUUUUUUGAGGGAGCGGUUGCACUCGUUUUGCAGGAAUCUCUUGGGCAGGUAGAAAAUCUCUGAUUCCAGCCAUGGCUGGUGGUAGAAACUGUGUUUACAAGCAUUAAAAGAAAUGGAUGGCAAGCUGUGAGAGGAGUCACAGGAAAGACCUGCCACUUAUUCAGGGAUCCUUUUCCCCCAGUGGCACCUCCGCACCAUGUGGGGAGUAAGCGGAAGCACCAGGCAUGUAUAAAUAAGACAAACGGUCCUGGCAUGCCAAGGGUUUCUUUCCAGAGGGGGUGAGUGGUUCAGUGGAGGAGGUGAAAGUGAAGCUGAAGGACAGGGAGAUUGUAACCCGCUUCCCAUACCGGGGGUGGGGUCUUUUACAUCAGGCUGCAUGUGAUGUUAGGUUUUGUUUUUGUUUUGUUUUAAUUACUGAGGGAAAAGUGUGGGAUCUGAGGAGAGGAGAGGGGUGUGCAGAAACUUGGGGGAUGGUUUUCCUCUUCCAGCUCCCUCCCACCCCACCCCACCCC